ACACUGAAGUACUUAUUUCAUGAAAAGGUUGGUCUUUAGUAUUGGACUGUGAAUCGUUUUUUCCUUGUUCCUUGAGAGAUACCGGGUCAAGCUGAACCUUAGAAUUUGUUCUACAUGGAUAGAGAUGUGAAGCUGAAGCUGUAAUAGUGCAAAUGCAACUGCAAGAAACCAGACAAUGACAAGUUAUGAUAGAGAGAGACGGGAAGAAAGAGAAAGAAAAGAGAGAUGCUGGAAUGACAGGAAUGUUGGUCCCAGUUUUUCUUCUCUAACCUGCUCUGUGGGUGAAGCCCCGCCCCUGAACACCUGAAAGGUGACAGUGACUCCUCACCCCAUCAAACCCAAUACAUCGAGUUUAGUGCCAGAUCUCCAUUACACUGCAUGCAUUAGGUGGUUUAUUUAUUUUAUUUCUCCAAAAUGAGUCGUCUGUGGACUGAGGAGCAGUUUAACUGCCCCGUUUGUCUCGAUUUGCCCUUCGAGCCCGUGACGAUCCCGUGCGGCCACAGCUACUGCAUGGAGUGCAUCACCGACUUCUGGGACUCGGAGCGCAAGAAGACGGGCUCCUGUAGCUGCCCCGAGUGCCGCCAGAACUUCGACCCUCGCCCGCGGCUGUGCAGGAACACCAUGUUGGCGGAGGCGGUGGAGCAGCUGCGCGUGGGGAACCUGAGCUCGAAGGCGCGCGAGUCGAUCCGCGACGCGCGCCGCGCGGCCGCCGCAGCGUCGGAGCGCUCGGCGCGCGACGGCGGCGGACGGGUCCCCUCCGGAAGACAGCUGCCCGCCUCGAGCGCGCCGUGCGGCCGGUGCGUGGAGCCCAGGGCGGCCGUGAAAACCUGCCUGACGUGCAUGGCGUCGUUCUGCGAGGACCACCUCAAGCCGCACGAGACGCAGGCCAAGCUGAAGAGCCACGAGCUCAUCGCGCCCACCGCGGACCUGACGCAGAAGAUCUGCCCCGAGCACAAGUACCUGCAGGAGUUCUACUGCCGUUCGUGCCAGACCUACAUCUGCUGGCUGUGCACGAGCAACCAGCACAAGGAGCACGAGAGCGUCUCCACGCAGGCGGAGCGCGCAGAGAAACAGAAAACCCUGCUGGCGGUUCAAACAGAGAAUCUGCAGAAGCUACAAGACAGAGAGAGGGAACUAAAAGACAUGAAGAAAGUCCUGGAGACCCUCAAGUGCUCAUCCGUAACAGCGAGUGAGGAGACUGAAACAGUGCUGGAUGAGCUUCAGCGUUCAGUGCAGCGUCUGGCGGAUCUGAUCCAGCAGGUGAUGAGCACGAGCGGCCAGGAGAAGAUCAAUGAGUCCAAGCAGGUGGUGGACAAACUGGAGAUGGAGAUCCGUCAGCUGAGGAAGAAAGAUUCAGAUUUGAAGGAUCUGGUGACGUGCCAGGAUAAUAUCUACUUUCUCAGGACGUAUCAGUGUCUUUGUUCCCCGGAGCUCAGUGAGCUUGGCAGUGUUACAGCGAAUCUGGAGACCUCGUUCGAUCCUGUACGAAACAUCAUUUCGGAUCUCAGAGAGAAAGUGGAGAACAUGUGCAACCAAGAGCUGGAAAAAAUUAACAAGUCAGUGUUCAACACAACAGCGUUUACGAUAACCGACCGACAGAGUGGGCAGAAGCCGGGCAUUUUAAAAUUGUUUUCUGCAAUCGGAGGCAAAACGUCAAGCAGUCGCACACAAGCAGGUCCCCCUCCACUACCCUCUGUGAGCGUUCGAGGCCCAGCUGAAAGAGCAACGAAUUCCCCGAGACCAAGAGCGAGCUACAACAGAGAGGAGCGAGAGCAAGCUAAUAACCGCAGUGUGAGUUCUCUGAGACCAAGAGAGAGGCAGAGGAGAGAGGAACGAGAGCAAGAAAGGGAGAUUCAGAGCACAGCAAGAUCUCAAAGCAGACAAAACAGCAGCACAAAUAAAGACGAGGCUGACACCUCGGGUGUACAAUCUCUACGACAGUCGACACACAGAAGAGAAAACCAGGAGCAAGCUGACACCUGGAGCUUAAGUUCUGUCAGGUCCAGAGGCAGACAGAGAAGAGACGAAAGUGAGACGGCUAAUGGAGAAGUGCAGGGUUCCCAGAAAGUGCAGGACACAGCGAUGACCAAACAACAACCAGAGAAGCAAUCUGACACCUGGAGCUUAAGUUCUGUCAGGUCCAGAGGCAGACAGAGAAGAGACGAAAGUGAGACGGCUAAUGGAGAAGUGCAGGGUUCCCAGAAAGUGCAGGACACAGCGAUGACCAAACAACAACCAGAGAGACAAUCUGACACCUGGAGCUUAAGUUCAAUUAGGUCCAUCAGAGGCAGAGAGAAGAAAGAAGAGAACAAAACAGCUAAUGCAGAUGUCCAAAGCCAACAGCAGAUGGCACCAGUCAGACAGCAGCCUGAAAGACAAUCUGAUCGCUGGAGUCUGAGCUCACUGUUACCGAAGAACCGCAAGAAAAGACAAGAGUCAGUGAAACAGGCCACACCUAUUCAACAGGAAAUAGAGUCUCCUCAGGAUCAGUGGGGAAACCAGACUGAAGUCAACCCUGGAAUUUUCCUGGACUCUCCAUCCUCAGACUCCUCCUUUACACCUGCAUUUCCAACUUCACCGUCCUUCUCGCUUCCCCCUGCUCUGAGAGAGAUCGACAUCGACAGCAUUCAGGCUCCUGAACCCCGGAACAGAGACGAGUUCCUGCAGUAUGCCUGCGACUUGACGUUUGACCCCAACACGGCUCACCGCCGAUUAGUUCUCAGUGAAGACGACACCAAGGCCACGCUGCACACUGCCGCCCAGUCCUACCCCGAUGUCCCAGAGCGAUUUGACAGCUGGACACAGAUUCUCAGCCUCCAGCCCAUCAGCUCUACGCGCUGUUACUGGGAGGUAGAGUGGCGUGGCCGGGGCUCCUCAGUGGGUGUGGCCAGCGCCUCCAUGCCUCGCAAAGGUGCAGACGCGAAGGCAGGUCUUGGUUACAACAACCAAUCCUGGAGUUUGGAGUUGUCAGACAUGUUCUGCGCUGCUAUGCACGCCAAUCAGAAGCAGGAGAUCUCGGUGACGUACUGCCCCCGAGUGGGUGUGUUCCUCAACCAGGAGGAGGAGUCUCUGUCCUUUUAUGGUGUUGACGAUGUGCUCAUGCACCUACACACUUUCCAUAGCGUCUCGUGCAGUCAGCCGCUGUUUGCCGCUUUUGGAGUCGGGAGCGGCGUCGGAGUCGGUCUCGAUUUCGCCAUGGGAAACUUCAGCGCCUCCACAGACAGCAUUAAAAUCUGCUCUAUCUAACUCGGAUUGUUGCCGAACCUUUUUGCAGGUUACUGAUGCCACAAUUUCAGUUAGAAGAAAAGAAAACGAGUUGCGCUUUGGUAAAGACAUAAAGAUUUGGACUGGAAUGGUACAGACAUUUAUUUGCCAUGAUGAACUAACAUUUAGUCAUCAUAUCCAUGUACAAGAGAGCAAUUUAAAAAACUUAAAUAUGGGCCUUGUGUGCCUUUAAACACCAUACAAGCAAUUCUGUCUCACUCAGAGAAUCAGAGUAACUCUAUCCAAUCACAGUCUUAGCACAUGGUUACAUAAUAGGACAAACUGCCUCUCUUGAACUCUGAACAUUUGUAAAGAAUGAAUUGGCUGCCUUCAGAUAUCAACUUGGAGAGAGUUUAUCAUCAACCACUCAAUACAGUUUCAUUUACUUGCAAGGUUUAUUUGGUUUGGAGUUAGCCUUUAUGUCUACUAGCAAUACAGAAAGGUAGCAUUUUCCAGUGGUUCCCAAACUUUUGCUGCCAUUCCCCAUUAAAUCCCCUUCUGUCCUCCAUCUCCCAAAAAAAUUGUAAUGAAAUACUUCAAGAAAAAAAAAUGUCUAAUUUAUUGAAAUAUCAAUUUCUUAAUCAAAAACAUUAAUCAAAAAUAGAAAAAUAGGUGUACUUGUGUUAGGUGGCUUAACUGAUGUUGUUUUAAUUUACUUGCAUUAAUGACUUAAUUGUUUGCUUUGAGUGUAUUAUUUUUGGCAGAGAAAAUCAUAAAUGAAGAAUUAUGAAAAACACAAAAAGUUUAAUAAAUCCUGCCGUUCAAUUCGC